AUGAAACGACCCUACUAUGAUCGUUUAGAGGAAUGGCCUCAUUCGGGAGACUUCCGAUCUGUAGAUGGUAUAUUCUCAAGCUCGUGGGCGAUAUUUCCUUCACCUGGAAGUUUGAUGGCACCUGAUUUUGAAUUUCACGAAGGACAAAAGUGGGCAGUCAAAAUGGAUGGAGGUGUAUUUGAAGUGAAUUACGAGUUGGUUAAAAUCGACGAUGAACAACAUCUAGCUUUUAUCGAAGGUCGCAACUGUGUCUGCUUAAAUGGGAUGGCGGGAGAUAAACGAUGGAAUGCUUCUUGGAUAGUCGACACGCGAACAGGUGUCAUUCAACGGCUCGAUAUUGAAGAUUUAACUCAAGCCAUCAUUGAACGAUUUUAUAUUAAUGAUCCAAAUAAAAAUCUUCUUGAUCAACCUGAUUUUUAUUCUGAUGCUCAACAAUUAAUUGAUAAAUAUAUUUCGAAACAUCCAUCACAUACACAAAAUACUGCCUAUCAAGUUGAUCAUUUAUCUGGUAUGAGUGUUACAGGUGAAGUUUUAAUCGGUACAGACAAAAAUGAACCCUAUGAUGUACGUUUAACAAAAACUAAUGUUAAUUAUGGUAUUGUUGGUUUAUAUAAUUUUUAUCGUACGCAAAUAAUAAAACAUAAAAGUAAAAAUAAUUUAUAUUUUCUUUUUACACGUUGGGGACGUAUUGGUGAUGCUGAAGGUCAAUAUCAGCUAACACCAUAUUCAACAUUAGAUGAAUGUCGAAAAGAAUUUUUAAAAGUCUUUCGUGAAAAAACUGAUUUUCUUAAAACAUUAAUUAAUCGUCAAGCUAUACGUUUAAAUAUUGAUAAAACACAAUUAGAUAUUGAAUGGAUGCCUGUAUCACAAUUAAAACGUGAAACAUUACAAAAAGCACGUGAUUUAUUAAUUGAAUUAAAAAAUAAUAUUGAGAAAAAACAAGAAUUAACUUUAGCAAUACAACGAGGAAAAACAAUUGAACAACAAAAGCAAUUUAAAACUAUUUUAGAUUCGAUUUAUAAAUAUAUAAAUGAAUAUUAUACAAUAAUACCAUUACGAGGUUAUGCCGAUGAAAAGCUACCUAUUAUUGAUAAUGAAGGUCAACUUAAACAACAAGAAAAAAUAAUUUAA